AUGGGACCCGAGAACGGUGUUAAGCCUGACGUCGACUAUGUGCUCGUGGACUUCGAGCCGCUGCAUAAGCAGCGCUGGCGUUCAGACACUGUGCGUCUUUUGUGUGUCGAGUUUCCCCCGUUCACGACGUGUCUGUGGCACCAGCAUCUGAAGUACGGGAUUUAUGUGGUCAUGGCGCCGCUGGACGCGGUGGAACAGCCAUACGGCAAGGAACCUCGACCGCUAGUGCAGAAGAAAGGAGCGGUUUUCUGUCGUGACCACACCAAGGACAAGUUAAUCCACGUGGCAACCACCAACGAGUUACCUGCGUUCCUCAUUGAAAUCGAACUACUCAAGGAAAAGGCUGACGUAAUCCCAAAUGGAAAUUUGCCACUGCACGAAGGCAAAGGGAUUGAACUGCUCAAGAACGAACCGGAAUGCCGUGUGUACCGCUUCACCCUGCAAGUUAAUGGAAGCGAUAAACUAGCAACUAGUGAGAUUAUGGGCCACCUGCCGACUGAAGCUGUGUUGCUAGCACUGGAAGACUGCAAAGUGGAGAUCAGUGGUAUUCUGAACGACAAGCAUGAGGAGGGCAUACACCACAUUUCGAUGAAAAUAGGGGGCGAUGUUCACCUGAAAACUGGCAACUUCAGCGUCAAACUAUUGUCAUCGAGCGCGAAGAAGACGCCGUUUGUCUUGGCUGAGGUGUUUUAG